UCGAGGUGGAGUCAGUCAUAGGAACCCGAGAGUACCGUGCAGUGAAGAAAGGAAUACGGAAGGGUGAAUGUGUGUGUGUGUGUACAGUGAUUUGGUGAAGGCGAGGAUUACUUAACUGAUAUAUAUUACCUGGUUGUGAUAGUUGUCGGCAGCGAAAUUAUUGACACCGGAGAGCAGAUCUCAUAAUGAGGUUACAGGCAGCAGUGCUGCAGCAUGGUCAGGGUGAUACAACUCCUAGCCGCUUCUACAGUCGUGUUCUGUUUCAUCAUCUUCACACUUUAUAGAAAUAACAGCUUCGCCAGUCUUUCUGAUCACAGCCAGCUACCUGACCCAAGACUGAUCAUAGACUCACAAGAUCAAAAUGAGGUUGAUGGUGUGGGAAUUUUGGAGGAACUUGGAGUUGAGUUUCUGCCCAAUUUCAAGAAUCCUUGUUGGUAUGAACUUAAAGAUUUUCGCAGCAAAGAGGGAAAUAGAGCAAACUUUUAUUUUUCUUUAGCAAGAUCGUCCUUUCAUUCAAAAUAUCGAUAUAAAAAGCAAUCAGAUGUGAUCUUGCGGUGCCUUCCAUAUUUUUUUCUGAUAGGUCAACCCAAAUGUGCAACAACUGAUGUUUUCCAGAGAAUUAACAUUCACCCAGAUGUUAUAGAACCCAUGGUGAAAGGACCACAUUGGUGGACCAGGAGGAGAUAUGGACCACCUUAUUCUACUCAUCCAGUCACACUCACAGAAUAUCUAGACGUCUUCAAUGCAUCUAAAAUAGAAGGAGAAACAAUAAAUUCUUUUGAGGCACCUCAUAAAUGGUUUCAUGAGAAAAUCACCGGAGAUUGCAGCACUUCCACUCUCUGGGAUAGCAGUGCUACUAUGAGUUACCUCCAUUCAGUCAUGUCAGGAGAUGUGCAUGAAUUCAUCACAAGGAAAUUACUUGCAAGACGGCUUGUGUCAACUUUUACAUCUGUUAAAAAUUCUAGUCAUGCAAAAAUUAAUUCAUCAGAAAAUACAAGAGUAAAUGAUGUUGAUGAACAUCUGCAAGAAUUUAAAUAUCCUCAGUAUCAUGGAACUCAAGAUGGUAUAGUGCUUCCCUUUACAGUGGCUGAUGCUAUACAUUCUGUCCUUCCAAAAUCUCAGAUCAUUGCAGUGAUUCGGGAACCUGUGUCACGGUUAUACUCAAGCUAUCUUUUCUUUACCAAAAAAACAAAUCUAUCUCCUGAAAAGUUUGAUCAGAAUGUUAAGGAGUCAAUACGGAUGUGGCACGACUGUACCAGACAGUAUUCUGACAGGACCUGUGCAUACAACAAAACAUUGCAAAAUUGCUUGGGUGUACGUUUAUACAAUGGUUUAUACAGUGUGUUCCUUCGUGACUGGUUGAAGGUGUUUGAUCCAGAACAAGUGUUAGUAGUAAGGAUGGAAGAUUACCACCAAAAUAUUACCAACACCAUUGCUACUAUCUACAACCAUCUUGGUUUAAGGAACUUAACUGAAGAAGAAGAGAAGAGGGUGAAUAUGGCUCCAGUUCGCAAUAAGAACAGAAACAAACCAGAUAUUGGAAAGAUGUUUGAAUCCACAGCAAACAUUCUUCGAGAAUUUUAUGAACCAUACAAUAGGGAUUUGGCUUGUCUUUUACAGGACUCGAGAUUUACCUGGCAAGAUAUUUAUUCAAGGAAUGAAGAACAACAUCCUGACUAGCGUAUAAUAUCCACACCUCUUGGCUAGAAUGCAGUGGUAACACUUGGCAGAAUGAAGGAGCCACAGUAAACUAGAAUGAAGGGUCCAUACCUCUAAGACUUCAAAUGAGAAGUCAUGCAUGAAGACUGCCUGCCAACAAGGAGGCUCAAGAUUAAGAAUGUGUGAAGUACUGUGUCUGUCUCUUUAAUGGAAGGACUGUACCAAUGACUAAUGAGCCGAUCAGUGGUGAAGAGGAUAAAAGUAAAAAAAAAGUAAAGAUGAGGAUGUCAUGAGGCAUUGAUUAAUGCAAGGGCGAACGAGCCAAAACCAAGUCUUGAUAAAAUGAGGUUUAAAGUUUGCACAUAUUCAAAAUGUCAUAGAACCUCCAAAAAUUCAUAAAUUGUGUUCAAUGAGGUUUCAUUUUAAAGGCGAUUUAAUGCAGAAUAUGAUCCUUGUAAUAAAUGAAGUGUGAUGUAUGAUUUUGGUGCACAAUAAUGUCAAAUAAUGAAAUGGUGUGAAAUUUACAUUCAUGAAAAUAAUGAAAUAAUAAAGUUCUGUACACAAAACAAUAAAUUUAUAUUGUAAUAAAGUAAAAAAUAAAUAAAUAAUGGUAACACUCACUCUAGAUGAUGAUUAUGUUCUGCUAAAGAACUUGGUAGAAGGGGGGUUAGGGUAGAUAUCUAGUAGUCUAUCUGAUCAUGAGAUACACCUUCCUCCUCCGGGAUGCCAAAAGUAGAACGUAGCAGGCUUCUCAUUAGUCGGCACGCUCCUUCUCAACAUGCUGAUUAGCUCAGGGAUUAAGGCGGGUUGUGAUUGGUCGCUGGGCCACUGACAAGUUCAACUUUACUCUCACCAAACACUGAAAUUACUACGUAUAGGCAGCACAGAGACGCUGGGAGUUUUACACCUUACGAUUCAGUGGGAUUUUGCCAGUAAACCAAAGGUGAACUCGUCAUACCAUCUUCUGUCAUAGUAGAAUGAAACUUUCAGGAAUGAAUGGUACAAAAAUCGCAUUUUUGCUCAGGUGGUGAGUUUGCCCUUGCAUUAAUCAAUGCCUCAUAUACAGAAUAUCAUACAGUCCUGUAAUUUUUUAACAACUAUAAAUUGAAGCUUAUCAAACCCAUCAGGAAAGCAAUAUUUGAUCUUUACAAUCUUCAGAACAUUAAUUUUAUCCACAAUUUGUAUUUAUUGACUUAAAAUAUAAGAGAAAAAAGCAUUUACAUGUACUGUAUUCUGAAGUAUUGUACCUUAAAUGAAUUUGCAACAUAUUUUUAUAAAUUUAAUGAAACUGAAAAUUUUCACUGGCAGUAAAUACAUACAUUAGUUUGUUUUUAUUUAAGUUUAAAUUCUUUAAAUUUGAGAAAGCAAAAAUAAAGAAAAUUAGUUAUGGUGCUUUCUUGGACAAUUAGAAAUACAUUAAUAAUAUUAUCAUGAACUUAAAAUGUAACCCAAGUAAUGUACAGGGAAAACUUAAUUACUGCACAAUGAUUUACUGUACUUAGAAUAAUCCUCCUACUUAAGGAUUUCUGCUAUGAUUACAUAAAUAUCAUGUAUUUAAAAUUUAAAUAUUUGACAUUAAUAUUAUGUAAAAGAAAGUAAAUGACAAUUUCAAUGAUAAUAUUACGUAUUAGUGUUAUUGAUUUUUUUUAUAAAAAUUAUCAUCUAGCCUCUAAGAGGCUGUUUAUAACUAAAUAAAAUACCUGUAUGUCAUAAACUAACAAAAGAUGUUUGUUUCUUUAGGAAAUUGUAACAAUAAUCAUAUAUCUGCUACAGUAGCAUGAUAAUUUUAAUAAAACUUGAGUAGAUGUACAGUUGCAUUCAAAAUUCUCUUGAACACUUUCUAGCAAUAUCUGGUCUCUUGUAGGUAAGUGUUAAAAUUGUAAUCCCCUUAACUACAAGUGAUCGCAUAACACACCUGCCCUCGCUCGUGUAACCAGCGUUAUUUAUCUUUGCGUAACCUUGCGAUUGCUGUGAUAUUUGCCGUUAUUGGUGAGAGGAAAACACCAUCAUUCAGAUUUUGCUCUGUUUUGGUGACUGUGAAGUGAUUAAUAAAUUUUUUAUGGGUAAUGGAAAUUUCUGGAGGUCAAAGAUUCUGGAUAAUGGGGAAAUUUCAGUGCCAGUACAGUACUGUAGGGUAAUUACACAAUUGUAUACAGGUAAAAGAAGAUAUUUGUUAAUAAAGGAAAAACACUAAACUACGUGUUUACUUUGCAAGGUUAUUCAUAAUUUUGUGUAUUUCAUUAUAAUUUUAAGGCUGCACUACCCAGCACCAGCUUUAAUGAAAGGCCUUUUAAACUGAAUUAAUUGUGUUCCAAGCCAUUUCAUAAAAAUGGAAUUUUAUUGUAGAAGAUAUUGCUAAGUGUAAAGAGAAAUUUGGCUACAACUUUACCCUUUGUGUAUUAUAUGAAGGUAAUUGCUGACUUUUGAUAGCACUGAUACACAGUUCCAUAGUAAAGACAAUAUCUUAUCAUAAUGAUUUUAAAUCAAUAUUAUGAGAUCAGUUAGUACAGUACAGUACAGUACAAUAUACUGAAUAUGGAAAAUUUUGAACUUUAAAUAUUACAAAUUUUAUUUAUUUUUAAUAGAAAACAUUCAUGACCAAUUUCUCUAUCAAUAAGAUUAAAUUUCAAGUAUUCAGUGCCAUUUAUCUCAUCCUUUUGUUCGAUUACUUAAAUUACCUAUUCAUGUCAUCUUAAAAUCAGAACUUGAUUAUAUCUAAUAUUAAUAAUAAAAUAUAACCAUAUCC